ACCAGACAUAUUUUACGAAAAUGUCAAAAUUGUCAUGCUGAAAAUAAUUUCUUUUAUAUAUGCAAAUUUUAGUGGAAUAUAAUGAUCCCAAGAUGAAUCCUGAGGAAAUAGAUGAAACGGGAGAAACUACUGAGGAUGCUGAAGGUGGAGAACAACAACAAAGAUUUCGUAUUCAGCGUGUUUUAAUAAAACCAGGAAAAUCUUUAGCUGUACAUGGAGAUGAAAAUUUAGCAAACAGACUUCCACAUAUACCUGAGGAUCCUAGAGAGUAUACUCCAAUGCCUUAUGUCUUUAGGGUACCGACAACUUCAAUUCCAACAAAAAUAAUUAAUUUAUUGGCACGAAGUCCUCCUUUUCAUCUGCUGUUAGACCAUACAAUUGCCGUCAUAUGGCUACUUUUUGGGCAAGGAGAAUAUGACAGUCCUUUAGGUAUAGGCCAAUUACAAUGGGCUUUGGCAUUUCUUAAAACGGUACAAACAGGAACUGGUGAUUACACUCAAGAUAUAGCACUUUGCAUCGAAGCAAUUGAAAACAUUCUAAUAAAUAAUUAUGCCGAUUUAAACAAUGAUAUAGGCCCAGCCAGUAGGUUAGAUGAAACAGUUCGGUAUGGCGGUGGUGCUUUGGGUUCCAGUACCAUGAUAACUCAAGAGAUUCCGUUUUCGCUGAAUUAUUCAGAAAUUGUUUCCAAGGGUCCAAUAAAUCAAUACUUAAUUGGCGACCAAGCAAUAUCGAUGACAUCUUUAGAAUGUGAGCAGGAGCUGGAAAAACUUAAGAUAGCCGGUGGUGUCGAUUCCAUUGAAAAUCUUGAUUCUGUAUCAAGAGAAAAAGCAAUUAAUGUACUACGGAUGUGGAAGUCAGAUCAAGUCAAAAAGAUUCGCGGAGAUCUUCGACGUCUAAGAUCCAUAGAAGACAAGAUGCGGAUAUUGAUGCAAGCUUUUCAGGAUAUCUGGAAGACCAACCGGAUGGUUUAUUGGGAGUGAACUGAAAAUUCUUUAUAAAAUUUUUUAGUAAAUCUUUUUAUUUGUAUUUUAUAUUUUUUUCUCUAAUUUAAUAACACAAGUUUUUAUGUUUAAUAAAAACUCA